GGCCGUGUCUUUCUAUCUCCUAGGCAGGGAUUUGCUCGACAUCUCGACUGCGAUCGAUAGACUUGGAGCUUUUGAAGAUGCUUGUUGCCUAUUGGAGGGUUGGGGUUCGAACACUAUGACCAUCGGAUUGGAUGCCAGCUCGGUCUGUCAUUGAGAACCCACUCCGGGCGUCUUGGGACAUGAUCCAAUCAAGACCACCAUGGAGCAUCAGGCCCCAGGCAAAUACUCGGCUCCGCCGCCCAACCAGUCGCCCAUGUCUUUCUAUCCUCCAAUAGACCCCAAGAAUGCCCUGGGCUUCUUUCAAAAUUCGCCCUUGGGCUACCACCAAGCACCCAUCUCACUUGUGCCCACUCACAGCUCGAAUCCCUUGCUCCAGCCUAUUUCCACACACGAGGCGCCCAAUGGGACAAUCCCACACUCGGGGGCCCACGGGUCGACCUCCAGCAACACGAAUUCGAUCCCAGAUUGGGCCGUCAAGGAGGUAAAGCGAGAAUUGCCCGAGAACGACGACGGACCAGCUUCCAAACAAACCGUAAGGUAUGAUGUGAACGGGAAGAAGUUGUACGCUUGUACUAUUUGCGAUUUUGGAACCAAGCAGAAGGGUCUGUUAAAGGUUCACAUUAACUCGGUGCACUACAAGAUGAAGACUUUCAAGUGUGAGCUGUGCAAGUUUGUCUCUAUUCAGAAGGGCAAUCUCCGCGCUCACAUGUUGACCGUGCACGAAAAGGCGCGGAAUUUUCCGUGCGACUUUUGCGAAUAUCGCGCUGGAACCAAAGGCAUUCUGAAGACACAUGUUCAAAAUCGACACUUAAAACUUGAAAAGGAGGCGUUCGAAUGCCAAUUGUGUCCGUACAAAGCUCUUCGAAAGAGCCAUCUCAAGCAGCACAUGGCCCACGACCAUAGGUCGGUGCCCACGUCUUGACUCUCACGGGGUAGAGGUUAAGCGCUACAACCAACCUGUUCUCCCCAAAGUAUUCUUAUAAAUAUAGAUAUAUCGUCUACUGAAAAAGGCAAAUCUCUCCCAAAGUUGUUAACUAAGAAAUAAAAGAACACUUACAUG